AUAUGAAUACACCUUUUACCGGAAUGACUGCAUUUCACUCACCUGAGGACUCUGCCUAGCAGCAGUACAGAUAGUGAAAGAACCUGGUUUCAGGAUCCUCCAGUAAAGAAUAGCUUGUUUAAGCGUGUCUAGUGUUUGUAUAAGUAGCUAAAAAAGAUUAAAAAAAAGUCACAGAAGAAGUCGGAACGAUGGCUGAAUGCUGCCUGUCAGCGGAAGACAGGGAAUGCGAACGCAUCAGUAGGGAGAUUGAGAGACAGCUCCGACGCGACAAGCAGAACUCCAGACGAGAAAUUAAACUACUCUUAUUGGGGACUGGAGAGAGUGGGAAGAGCACAUUUAUUAAGCAGAUGAGGAUCAUUCAUGGUGCAGGAUACUCAGAGGAUGACCGGAGAGACUUCACCAAGCUGGUCUAUCACAACAUCUUCGUCGCUAUACAGGCCAUGAUCCAGGCCAUGAAGACACUGGGCAUCUCCUUCGUGAACCAUCAGAACAUUCAAAACGCAGAUAUCAUGGAGCAGGUGGACGUGGACCUGGUGACCACCUUAGACCAGAGACACGCCAAAGCCAUCAGCCAACUGUGGAGUGAUCAAGGCAUCCAGGAAUGCUAUAAGCGCAGGCGUGAAUACCAGCUGUCUGAUUCUGCAAAAUACUACCUGGACUCCAUGGAUCGGAUCUCCACACUCGGAUAUGUGCCAACUGAACAAGAUGUCUUACGAGUCCGGGCGCCCACGACUGGAAUUAUAGAAUACCCCUUUCUGCUAGAAAAUAUGAUCUUCAGGAUGGUCGAUGUAGGUGGUCAGAGAUCAGAAAGGAGAAAAUGGAUUCACUGCUUUGAAAAGGUCACGUCCAUCAUCUUUCUUGCCGCACUUAAUGAAUACGACCAAGUCUUAUAUGAAUCUCGCAAUGAGAACCGCAUGGAGGAAAGCAAGGCUUUGUUCAAGACCAUCAUCAGCAACGCCUGGUUUCAGGAGUCCUCUGUCAUUCUCUUCCUUAAUAAAAAAGACAUUCUAGAGGAGAAGAUUGCAUAUUCCCACUUAGGCGACUAUUUCCCGGACUUCAAGGGCUCAAAUGAUGCUGAAUCAGCCAGACAAUUCAUUCUGAAAAUGUUUAUGGAGCAAAAUCCAGACAAGAAGAAGACCAUCUACGCCCACUUCACUUGUGCCACAGACACGCAGAACAUCCGCUUCGUCUUUGACGCUGUCAAGGACACUGUCCUCAAACAUAACCUUACGAUAUUCAACAUAGUAUAAGCCUUCAUUGUGUUGGCCAGACACCAGCAGUGAUAAAUGAAUGUAACUUCAAUGAGAAACAUUAACAUCUAAUCUUCAUGUUUUCCUAUUUGUUGGUGAAAUGUGAUGUUUUAACAACUGUUUUAAAUGGUCCAUGUUUUAUACUAUAUAUGUUUUAUUUUUUGUGUUUAACAUGAAUAGGAUGAUUAUGAGAACCAGAUGCCAUAUAAUGCACUCUUACUUUUUUGUAUUAAUGUUAAUUUAAACAAAUGCUUAAGGUACUUUGCAAAUCUAUUGGAACAUUAAGGUUGAAGGUGUUUAAAUGGAUGUAACAUAUGUACAGUGGCAGAUUAAUGGGGUCAGGGGCCCCUAGGUUACAAUUAUUGUAGGCCCCUCUUCUGCCCCCACUCUCCAAAAUGAUACAGUUAACUAUAAAACUAUAAAAUAAUCAAAGAGAAUGUGAAAGAGCACAGCAGAGACCCCAUUGAAGAGACCCAUCUCAACAGUGAAACCAUAAAACAUUACACUCUGAUCCAGUUCGUGUCAACUGCAUCCACAGUGUGCUCUCAAGACACAUUUACCAUAGAUAGCAAAGACCAUAGAUAACUUGACAAAGAGGGGUGUGUAGCUCAGUGGGUUUGGCCUCUGCGGCCAUGAUUGAAAGGUUGCCAGUUUGAUUCCUGCAUUUGGCAGUAUAGUCAUAUAUGUCAUCUUCUGUGUGUGUCUCACAGGCCCAGAACUCCUCAUCACUUAAAGUAGUCUUUCCCAGUCUGCCCAUGUUUUUGCUCCCUCUGUGUUUGUUAUCAGACAGUCCAUGUUUUUGCUCCCUCUGUGUUUAUCAGACAGUCCAUGUUUUUGCUCCCUUUGUGUUUGUUAUCAGACAGUCCAUGUUUUUGCUCCCUCUGUGUUUGUUAUCAGACAGUCCAUGUUUUUGCUCCCUCUGUGUUUGUUAUCAGACAGUCCAUGUUUUUGCUCCCUCUGUGUUUAUUAUCAGACAGUCCAUGUUUUUGCUCCCUCUGUAUUUGUUAUCAGACAGUCCAUGAUUUUGCUAAGGGCUGGGAGGCAGCAAAAAUAUGGACUUUCCAUUGGUCCCCUAGAACCGGACUGGGAAACAUUGACUUAAACACUGUUAUUGUUGAAAAGGAGGAGAUCUGAGUUGCAUGUUAUGUGUCCAAUUGCAAAUGGAUUAAGAAUUGGACGGCCUGUUCACAUUAUGUAAUUACUGACUGAGCUAUAAGCCCUUAAAGAUUGAUUGUCUGUAUUUUUGGUUCACAUAGAUUGUGUCCUGCUGUUUAUUAAAAUGUUUUUCAUAACUUCUGUCAGGGAGCUGCUUUGACUCUUCAAAUGAAACCAGAUUUUCAUGAAA